AUGGCAUCAGAUAUUCCUGGCUCGGUGGCCUUGCCGGUGGCACCCAUGGCAAGCGGACAAGUGCGAAUGGCAGGAUCCAUGCCCUCCAGAGGAGGAAAGCGCCGCUCGGGGAUGGACUUUGAUGAUGAAGAUGGGGAGGGACCCAGCAAAUUUUCAAGGGAGAACCACAGCGAGAUAGAGCGGCGCAGGCGGAACAAGAUGACGCAGUACAUCACCGAGCUGUCCGACAUGGUGCCCACCUGCAGCGCCCUGGCCCGCAAGCCCGACAAGCUGACCAUCCUGCGCAUGGCCGUCUCGCACAUGAAGUCCAUGAGGGGCACCGGCAACAAGUCCACUGAUGGAGCCUACAAGCCUUCCUUUCUCACAGAACAGGAGCUGAAGCACCUGAUCCUGGAGGCUGCAGACGGGUUCCUGUUCGUCGUGGCGGCCGAGACGGGCAGGGUGAUCUACGUGUCGGACUCGGUGACUCCGGUGCUGAACCAGCCGCAGUCGGAGUGGUUUGGCAGCACCCUGUACGAGCAGGUUCACCCUGACGACGUGGAGAAGCUGCGGGAGCAGCUCUGCACAUCUGAGAACUCCAUGACAGGACGAAUCCUGGACCUGAAGACUGGAACAGUAAAGAAAGAGGGUCAGCAGUCCUCCAUGAGGAUGUGCAUGGGAUCAAGGCGCUCCUUCAUUUGCAGGAUGAGGUGUGGAAAUGCUCCUCUGGAUCAUUUACCUCUGAACAGGAUAACCACCAUGAGAAAAAGAUACAGGAAUGGCCUUGGCCCAGUGAAAGAAGGUGAAGCACAGUAUGCUGUUGUCCACUGCACUGGCUACAUCAAGGCUUGGCCACCAGCAGGAAUGACUAUUCCAGAAGAAGAUGCUGAUGUGGGCCAAGGUAGUAAAUACUGCCUCGUGGCAAUAGGAAGGCUUCAGGUAACCAGCUCUCCAGUGUGCAUGGACAUGAAUGGCAUGUCAGUCCCCACCGAGUUCCUGUCCAGGCACAACUCUGAUGGAGUCAUCACCUUUGUUGACCCAAGGUGCAUCAGUGUCAUUGGCUAUCAGCCCCAGGAUCUUCUGGGGAAGGAUAUUUUAGAAUUCUGCCAUCCUGAAGAUCAAAGCCAUCUGAGGGAGAGUUUCCAACAGGUUGUGAAGCUGAAGGGCCAGGUGCUGUCUGUGAUGUAUCGCUUCCGCACCAAGAACCGGGAGUGGAUGCUCAUCAGGACCAGCAGCUUCACCUUCCAGAACCCUUACUCUGAUGAGAUUGAGUACAUCAUCUGCACCAACACUAAUGUCAAACAACUUCAGCAGCAGCAAGCAGAACUUGAAGUACAUCAAAGAGAUGGGCUGUCAUCCUAUGACUUAUCUCAGGUGCCUGUUCCAAGCUUGCCAGCCAGUGUUCAUGAGGGUGGAAAAUCUGUGGAAAAGCCUGAUGCUAUCUUCUCCCAGGAGAGAGAUCCAAGAUUUGCUGAGAUGUUUGCUGGAAUCACUGCUUCAGAUAAAAAAAUGAUGGCCUCAGCAUCCACAGCAGGAAACCAGCAGCUCUACUCACAGGGAAGCCCAUUUCAGCCAGGACAUUCAGGAAAGACUUUCAGCUCCUCUGUGGUGCACGUGCCUGGUGUGAACGACAUCCAGUCCUCUUCAUCCACAGGCCAGAACCUGACGCAGAUCUCUCGCCAGCUGAACCAGGGCCAGGUGGCCUGGACAGGCAAUCGCCCACCAUUCCCAGGACAGCAAAUUCCAUCCCAGUCCGGCAAGGCUCAGUCAUCUCCCUUCGGGAUUGGGACAAGUCACAGCUACCCAGCCGACCCGUCGUCCUACAGCCCCCUGUCCAGCCCAGCCACCUCCUCCCCCAGCGGCAACGCCUACUCCAGCUUGGCGACGCGCAGCGCCGGCUUCGCUGAAGGUGGCCAGAGCAGCAGCCAGUUCCAGGGGAGGCCUUCGGAAGUGUGGUCGCAGUGGCAGAGCCAGCACCACAACCAGCAGAGCGGCGAGCAGCACUCCCACCCACAGCCCAGCCAGACCGAGGUCUUCCAGGACAUGCUGCCGAUGCCGGGCGAUCCGACGCAGGGCACCGGCAACUACAACAUCGAAGACUUUGCUGACCUGGGCAUGUUUCCACCCUUUUCUGAGUAG